AUGGUUUCUCUUUGGUGGAAAGAUGUUUGUUCUGUGGGAUCAAUGGGAAACGACUCGUUGGAAAAUUGGUUUCCUUCAUCCGUUUCUUGCAAGCUUGGAAACAGAGAGAUCAUUGAUUUUUGGGAAGAUAGGUGGAUGGGAGGGUCCCCUCUUAGCAACCGCUUUCCUUCUUUGUUCUUCCAUGCUGAAGCUUCUUCCAAAAAGGUUAGUGACAACAACUUUAGAAACAAUGGUUCUUGGGUUUGGUUAAUUAAAGUCCGUGAAGGCUUUUCUGACGUAGUUGAAGGGGAGUUAUUAGUGGAGUUGUUGAGACUUAUCAAUUCGGUGCAACCCGUGGUUGGUGUAUCGGAUUUGUUUGUUUGGUGGAAGAAUCCUAAGGGGUUUUCGGUUAAGGCUAUUUAUGAGAUGAUUAUGGAAGGUGAUUCUCGGAGUCAAGGAUUGGAGGAUAACAUUUCUAAGGAGUUAUCUUCUUUAUGGAAAACUAAGAUUCCGAGUAAGGUGUCUAUUUUUGGAUGGAGGUUACUUUUGAAUAAUAUUCCCACUAGGAAGAAUUUAGCUUCUCGGGGUAUUUUAUUCGGUCCGGAUAAUUUGGUUUUUCCCUUAUGUUUAUUGGCGGAGGAGGAUAUAAAUCAUCUUUUUGGGAAUUGUUCGGUUACUUUAGGUUGGUGGAAUAGCUUCUUUGAUUGGCUUCGCAUUGAUGUUCUUGCAAUUUCGGGUAAUAUCUUUGACCGUCUUAUUGCUGUUAAGGUUUUUUGUAAGUCUCUUUUUGUUGUGAACACUAGAUGGCUUUUUGGUUUGGCUUUUUGUUGGAGUAUUUGGUGUUGUAGGAAUGAAAUUCUCUUUAAUGGGGGGAGUUGGCCAAUAUCGAUACUUUAG